GUGAUGGUGUUAUCCGUAUAUGCCUGCAUCACCAUGGUGAUCCAACUUGUCAAACACGCGAGUUCACAAACUUGUCCGCAAGGAGUUUGCUAUGGAGGGACCUACAAAGCUACCGAGCGUAAGCAGGGACACUAUUUGGUGGGGUUUUCGUACAAGAACCUCAGCACGGUCCGUCAUGCCCAGGGGUGUUUCUCGGCGUGUGUGAAUGAGUGCCAAUGCAGGUCUUACCAAGUGUCGAGUUCAGGAUGCGAGUUACUAGAAGAAGAUAGGUAUUCGAAACCGUCAAACUUCAGCUCUAAUCCCGACUAUAGCUACUACGACCUGCAGCAAAAGAUUAUUCCGUCGACGUCGUACUUGGCUAACCCUGCUGUCUGUAGAAAUGGCUGCUGCCUCUUCAACUUCUGCCUUAAUGGAGGAACUUGCAGAGAAAAGUGCGACCAUCCAAAAACCAAGCUCGUGUGCGAGUGUCCGGCGCAUGCGUCAGGCAAACGAUGUGAAGUAUUUUUGCCAAAGACCUGCCUUGACUUUUACAAACAAUCCAAUGUUUCAACCAAUCCGACGAGAGGAGUAUAUACGCUAUUUAAAAACAACAACAUCGGAACGCUUGACGUGUAUUGUGAUUUCACGCCACCCAAGAAAGCAUGGGUACUGAUUGAAUCCUUCGCUUUGAAGUACAACUUGGAGUUUAAAAAUAAGUCUUUCUUGGAAAAUUAUCGAGUCAAUCAAGCUGUCCCUAACCACAAAAAAUACAGAUUAAGCAGAGUAAAAAUGGAAAGGCUGAGAGCCACAGCGGUGUCAUACCGAGUGACAUGCAAGUUCUUAACGAGGGAGAACGUAACUGAUCGCGACUACCUCGAGGGACGACUCACAGAGUGGAAAAUCACAGAAGAGGAGAGCGAUUAUCCAUCGACAGGCUUCUGCAAAAGGGUGACGUACGCAGAUAUAGAGGGGCAUAGUUGCACCAAUUGCACCCUGGCGCUUUUCCAGAAGCCAGGAAAAUGGCAUGUGCACAGUACUCCGAGAUUGGGUUGCGAUUUACAACCACCAAGCUACACCGUAAUCCACGAUGCGUUUGGUUGGUACAAUCCAGUACGAAGUACUUUCUUGUGUACUGAUUCACAAGAUUCAACAACCGCGUAUUGGCUUGGGUACGAGCUGCCAUGAACUGGGCGAACUCUCCCUUCCUAUAAUUCAUUGCAUCGGUGGCUAUUUCCACUGCCAUUGAAAUACCACGGAGAAAGUUGAGACAACUUCAAACGUCGUAUUAUCCAUGAGCCGUAUUCAAUGUCAUGCAUGCAUAGUAAGAUGAAACAAUCGACUUGGUUCAUUUGCAUUGAAUACGGCUCCUGGAUAAUACGACGUUUGAACUUAGCCUGAGUGCCACAGAUAUCGCUUCGCAUAUCAGAGAAGCGGAUUUAGACCAGGAGUGUCUUUGGAUCUUUUUGCUUGGAAUUUUUAUUUUUAUAGAGAUGUAAAACAGAGCUCAAUUUCAACAUAUUUCAUGAUAUGUUGUUGAAGAGUCCUACCCACAAUUGUUAAAGAAAACAAACUAUGUGAGGAAAUCCCGAAACAAACAAUGAUUCGUAUUAAUUUUCCCAAUAUUUUCUCGACCUCGGUCCAGUGUUUCAAGAUUAACAUAUAUAGCAUCCCCAAAUCAGUCCACAUUAAAACGGAUUAUUUCUCAUAGUUUUUGCAAGGAUAACAAGCGGCUGACAGAGACCAUUUCGGCAUGACGGGGAGGGCUGAUAGCAAACAAGCCGGCCUUUAUCCAGUGGAUUUAAAUUUACAGAACCAGAGAACGCAAAAUUGUUAUUGCACUAAAGAAUAUGAUAAACUUUUGGUGGAGCUCAUAGUUAGUGAACAUUGCUUCUUAGUCUAAGUUUUAGUCUAUUUAUGUUUUAAUUAGUCACAUAGGUGUACAUUUUACUGUAUAUAUCACAUACCUGCAACAAUACUAUUAGAGACAAUUGGCUGCCACGCGGGAAAAUAUCGCAGGGUGUCGGGGCUACGCUACUCCAAACCUUCCACGCGGUAAAUUAUUGCUUGGUGUCGGGAUGCGCUAGUACCUGCCAAGCGGGAAAUUAAUACUAGGUGAUGGGUUUCGCUAUUUUUAUAACGUUAGCAUUUUAGUCAAUUCACCGCCAACUUAUGCCGGGAGUUAAUGAUGCGUUCUGUUUAGUUAUGAGUCAACGGGAAUUGGCCCCUCCCCCAAUGGUAGGCGGGUCCAUAUUGUUUUCAAGAUAUUCAUGAAUCGUAAAUCGAGCACCUAUGCCCGUUCCGUAUUCAUCAACCACCGGUAGAAAAAGUUGGUUUUGACUUCGGGAGCAGGUAACUCUAGGUAUCGUAUAGGUCUAGUGAAAUUCUGGUAUAGCCAGAAUUGGUAUAAAGGAAACAAGUGCAAAAAUGAUUGGAAUGUUGUCAAUUAUUGUGGUCACGCAUGAGGAUUGUCAUGCGCACUAGCACGGCAAGCAUGAAGUGCGUUACCUCCGAAGUCAACAAAAAUCGUAUAAUCAUUAUGUAGGUCACGGCAAGUCCAAGGGUACCCACUGGCAUGCCUGUGUUGGAAGGUCUUCCUUCCAACACCCAUUGGCUGAGAACCUUUAUCCAUAAAAAACUAAAUGUUUUUCGGGGUGUCAGUGAAGGUCUCUCGUUUGGGCUUGCCGUCAUUAGAGAGCAUACAAAAAGGGAUGCGGUACGAAACCCCAAAUGACUAUUCUUAAAAGAUCAUCUUAAAAUUUACUUGUGUAAAGUAGCGUUUGUAACAGCGACCAAGUAAACCCGGUACCAUCCCCACA